GUAAUACUUUAACAAAUACUUUUAAAGCAUCAAUAAAUCCUAUCAAAGCGAAAUAUCCACAUCCACAGACGUAUUUAUAUUCAGCAACAAUGACAAAAGAUGUUUUGAAGUUACGCCGUGCUGCACUUUCAUCAAACGCCGUUUUUAUUAGUUCAAAUGAUCCGUUACAAAAAGCAGAAGAGCAAGGUGGAGGUGAAAAAGGCAACUCUACCGAAAAGAUCAAUCCCACUGAUCAGUUGCAAUCAUCCACAGCCACCCCUGCUGCUGCUAACAGUAUUGAUACUAUGAUAAAAUGUUUAAAAACUGGUUUCCCAGCUGGUUUAUCACAUUAUUGCCUGCCUAUCCGAUUGACAGAUCGUGCAACUAUGCUUGACUGGAUUGUAGAAAGUGUAACACGAACAAAUGUUUUAGAGAAGUUAGGUAUUUCAGAAGACAAGAACCAGUCAACAGAUUGUUGAGGAAAUCGACGGAUAUUGAUAGAUUUUUAUGUACAUUAUUAUUCGUUAUUGUUAGCAGAGAAACGGCGUCUUCUGAUUGGUUGUUUUCUCGCUGUAAGUUAAUCUGUCAUCUCUUUGUGGCCGUUUCUUUGAAGGUCAGACCGUAUAUCUGCUGAUCGUAUCCACCCACGCUAAGUCUACUGUGAUUGGUUGUUGAGUUAGUCUUUGUUUUUGUUCUCUUCUCAUGACUAAGAUAUGGG